GGACUAGGGGUUCAUUCUGUGAGAAUAAAGCCACGCGCUGCGGAACUCGUGGUGUUUUGAUCCGAGUUUCUCUGGUCGGACAACUUUUCCGGCGCCCGGAAAAAUUGGGUGACAGGUGGCGGUGAGCGUACCAAGGGCGAACAAACGUAAGAACCGCUUUUCUUCAGGGUUUUAGAACUGUUACCCGUUCGAAGAACAGCAUUUUACAAACUCUGUAUUCUGUAUAUGAGAUGGGACAAGCACUAGUGGUCUACAGAAUAUCUGUCAUUCAUUUGUAGAGACAGCGAUUUGUGGGACCAGUACCGCGCUUAGGACGGACUUUGAGAACCACUUCGGUAAGAGAAGUCACUUGUUCCGGGACGGAUUUAGCAGACUAUUGCACGCAAUAAUUCAAUUACCUGCUGUGGCAGCGUAUCACGCAAGCUAGCGGGGCGCAUUCCGACAGUAACCGGACCGGUGCCGACACUCCAGACCAAGGGUUGUCGUCUGCUACAGACAACUAUUCACCAUGAUCGGGCAAAGUCAGGGAAGUCCAGUAGCGUCUAGCAAAACGGCCGUGAGUACCACGGCUAACUCUCGGACUAAAGUUAUAGCGGAUAAGUUCAAGCAAAACUGGAUGGCGCAAAAUCCGCAAGCGGACUCCCAGAACCCGGACACUCAGAACCUGGACGACAGCUUAACAAGCCUGUCGUGGCUUCAGAACCUGAACAUCAUGAAGAUCCCCACGCCGCCCAGCAGUCCCAAGCCGGCGGACGACGGCUCCAAGCGGCAGACGCAGGCCCAGCCCGCCGCCGUCUCCGGUAACGCGUCCCUGCACGUCCACGUCAAGGAGGAGCACAAGGCGACGCUGUAUGCACCUGCCGGCCCUCCCAUCGGCACGCCGGAGAGCAUCGACAAGAUCGACUACAAGACCAACCCCUACGUCAAACCGCCCUACUCGUACGCCACCCUGAUCUGCAUGGCCAUGAAGGAGACCAAGAAGAGCAAGAUCACGCUGUCUGACAUCUACAAAUGGAUCAAGACCAACUUCAAGUACUACGAGAUGGCCGAACCCAGCUGGCAGAACUCUAUCCGUCACAACCUAUCUCUCAACAAGUGCUUCACCAAGGUGCCUCGCAGUAAGAAUGAGCCUGGCAAGGGCGGCUUCUGGAAGAUCGACCCCCAGCAUGCCGACAUGAUCGUCAACGGUACCCUGAAGAAGCGCAGGCCCUCCAGCACGCUGGAGUCCUACCCGCCAGCCAAGAAGAUAAAGAAAGAAGAACCCGAGGCAAAGUCAUGCAACAACAGAAGAAAGCAGGCCGUGCCCAAGCGCACUGCCCAGAAACACAACGGCAACCAGAACUCUUUCAUCGUCCCACCAGACGACCCCAACCUCGGGUCUCUGAAGGGCGACUUGAACUGGAACGCUAUUCUGAACGACGAGAUCACAGUAGAUGGCAUCAAAGUUAAAACCGAGGACAUUCUGGGCUCUGGUUGUGCCCUGACUAGAUCACACAGCCCUCUCCUAACAGAAACGUCAUCAUCGGUUGACAGCGACAUCUUUAACGACGACCCCCUGGAUCUCACGAUUCGCGGCAUCUCCAUCCCUCCUCCGCCCGAGUGGCUGCCGAUCGACCAAGUCUUGUCCGAACCAUCCCACCUGAACGAAUCCACCAGUAACAUUUUGAACACUAACCUACCGCCCUCCCCACCCUCCUCAGAGGGAUACCGCCACCCCUGGGAAGAGGCCAGCGAGUUGGACUCUAUUGUAGACAUGAACCACUUGUUCGAAUCUCUAGAUGAUCUGGGCCCAGACGAUCUCUCCUGGAUCAAAACUGAGCCUGGGUUGUAAUGCUGGGUGGGGCCUGUGAUGUGUUGUGUUCGGUCUAGCUCUUUUGUAUACACCUCGGGACAGUGGAAUUUCGUAUCUAUAGUUUAUUAAUGUCAUGCAGAUGCUUCUCCAUGGCAUCAAAAUAUAUUGUGGUGAUUUAAUCUCAAUCAGUCCGUCCACUGAAAAAAAGGUAACAGAAUAAGCCAAAAGUUUAGGGUGAAGGGUGUUGUUCAUACAAGCUGUGCACUUACUUUCCAAUAUAAUUUUAGUUAUAUACAUUAUACAUCUGGGAUGGCGACUUCUCAAAAUCCCAUCAUAAAUUAGUUUGUGCAGAUUCUGCUCUUAGUAAAAAAUCUGUUCCGUCCACGGUCAUUAGACCGGCUUGCUACAUUGAGAAUCCGUCCAUCAGAUUUUCUGUUAUUGUUGAUUUAGUCCGGUAGUAUCAUGUUCCGUCCAUUAGAGAAUACUAUCGUAUAUACAACAAAUCAAAGUCAUUUAUUAUUUAAAAUCAAUUAGGUUGAAAGGGAAUAUGUACCAUAAAGGAACAUCUACUUUGGCAUUCAUUCAUAACAAGAAUUACAUCAUCUUUGAAAUUGGAUGUGAAAAACAAGAAAUAUCAUUUCAAAACUGCAUACAGUAAAACUGACUCUUUUAUCAUACAAUACUGCUGCAAGGUCUCUUUUUGGAAAUUGUGGCUCAACUACAUUGAUGCAAGAAUGUUUGCAUCAUCUCUAAAACGAAAAUCAUACCAAAGGUCAUACAUUGAAUUUCCUGUCAAGUUUGGGUUUCAGCAAUGUUUGCAGAUUUAUGACCAAUUUUUUGCCUUCAUUUAUCAGUUGACAGUCUUCCCUUCUUGGAAUUCGUCCCCAACAAAGGCUGGCAAAUCAAUUAUUCAGAAAACAAAGCACAUGGUCUUUCCAAGGUCUCACGGAGUGACCUCUUUUUUCCUGAAAUCGACUUCGUAAACAUUAUGCUCUGUUUGCACAAAGGAAAAAGGUCAAGUUAUGAUGAAUGUCCAAACCUAUCUCGCUUUCAACCAUAGAUUUUAACCAGAAUUAUCUAUCAGUUAUAUUAUAAGUAUAUGUACAUGAAAUGUUUUAUUAUUUUAUUUAGGCCCGCAAUCAGUUCUCGAUCCAAGAUACAGUAUAUGUUAUAAUAUUGCACAGCUUGUGUGUCUUAUAAAGUUUAAUAACAUACAUUAUAUGUAUAUGAAGAACACUCCAAAUGGGAGAAAUAUCCAACAUAUUUUAUGAGUAUAUAUUUUUCUAUAUUAUCUGCUGAUACUCAAGGUACAGGUUAGUCGGUACUCCAAGGUGUUAAAUGAUAUGUAACUAUUGGCUCUAGUCCUUUAGAGGGAGAGGGCCGGCAUGUAAAAGUGCUUUCACGUCGACAUGUAACAUCAAAUAUUUGCGGGGGCUAUUGUGAAUCAUGUCCGCACUUUGCGUGCAGGCAGUUUUCCGAUAAAUUAAACUGUCAAUAGCACCAGCGGUGCCCCAUGGCAGUUUGCCCGUCCUUGUUUACUCAGCACAGGUUUGUUUGGACGUGUUUUUGCGCCAGCAUGGCUGUUUCCAGAGCGCUGAAGGAUGGGGGAAAGUAUGCUGGCAAGGCGUAUAUACCCGACUGUUUGCCAUGUCAUGCUAGGAAGGCGUAUACCUUACUGUUUACCACGCCACAUACUUGGACAUUAACCCCCGUCCUUUUGCCGGGCCUUAUGCAAACCUGUAAAUCCAGCAAGGUGGCUGGCUGAGAACUGGGAACGACGUUAGGUUUGGCAGAUGUGCAUUGUUAGCACGGACAGUCCUGCUGAACAAACGAUGCAAACUCCCAGCCAUUUAUGUACACUGGUAUCCUGGACACACCCAGUCAUCCGUAGUGCCUUAAUAUUAUAGAAACACAGGGUGAUAUCAUGGGGGUGUGUGAGGAUUCUUACCAAUGUAAGCACUCUGUUAUGUCACCAUGGCUACUAUCACCAUGGAAAUGUCUUGCAUUUUCUGUGCAGUGUCUAUUUACAAUCAGAGAUUUAUACUAACUUAUUAUCUGCCUGGCUCCAGGCCUAAUACCACAGUGUGUGAUGUUCUCUGUUGUGUAGGGGUAGAGAGAGAGCAAAUUUUUUGUUAGCUUCUUGGGUUCCGCCAAGUUUGUGUGUAGUGGAGUUUUUUGUUUUUUUUCUGGUUAAGAGUUUUAACAUAUGAGAAUUAUGCUGGCAUUUUGUGCUUUUAUUGAAUUCUGUAUAUUGUGCAAAAAAAGGAAGGUUGUGAAGUGUGUGAAUUCUUUGCAGGACUUUUGGGAAUAAAGUUUUGCAGUAUGAA